CCGUGGUGCGUGCGCACAUGCGUAAAGUAUAGUAUGUGUCGCGCAUGUCGUCUCUCCUCCUCUGCUUUGCUGAUGAUGAGGAGCCGAGCGAGGCGCUCGUACAUUUUUCCGUGCGUGUGCCGUUACCGAGCCUGAGCCGAAUGAAACGACAGAGGAACAGACAGAGGACGACGGCGGAGGCUGCGGACGGUUCCUCGGCACUUGGGCGGCUGUAAUGUCGGCGGACUGGAUCGAUCAGAGGGUCGACGUUUAGUGCUUCGAGUUGUUUGACAUUCACCCAGUGACAGAGAAUGAUCGAGGAGGGCAGCAAACGGGGCAAGGCCAUGGUGGAGAAGAGACAGCUCUUCAUGGAAAUGAGAGCUCAAAACUUUGAUGUUAUUAGACUGUCCACUUAUAGGACUGCGUGCAAACUUCGGUUUGUGCAGAAGAGAUGUAACCUUCACCUCGUGGAUGUCUGGAACAUGAUCGAAGCCUUUCGGGAUAACGGGCUCAGCACGUUGGACCACAGCGCUGAGAUCAAUGUGUCGCGGUUAGAGACGAUCCUGUCUUCUAUCUACUACCAGCUCAACAAGCGGCUUCCCACCACCCACCAAAUCAAUGUUGAACAGUCCAUUGGGCUGCUGCUCAACUUCAUGGUGGCCACCUACGACAGUGAAAGCCAUGGAAAGUUGACAGUUUUCUCAAUGAAAGCCAUGCUGGCAACAAUGUGUGGAGGGAAAAUUGUGGAUAAAUUACGCUAUAUUUUCUCACAGAUCUCAGACUCAAGUGGCGCCAUGGUGUUUGCCAAGUUUGAUCAGUUUCUCAGAGAGGUGCUGAAUGCCACAGCCGUGUGUCGAGGGCCCUUCAUUGGCUACACAGAGCACUCAGUGAGAACGUGCUUCCCUCAACAGAAGAAGAUCGUGUUGAACACGUUUUUGGAUGUGUUGAUGGCAGAUCCUCCUCCUCAGUGUCUAGUAUGGCUGCCGCUAAUGCACCGCCUCGCUAUGUUGAAAUGGAGAGAGGCUGGGACUCACAAUUACCUCUUCCAUCCAGUGGAAUGCUCGUAUUGUCGGAGUGAGAGCAAUGGUUUCCGGUACGGUUGCCAACAGUGCCAUGGAUACCAACUCUGCCAGAGCUGCUUCUGGAGAGGCCAUGCCAAGUCCCAUAGCAACCAGCACCAGAUGAAAGAGCACUCAUCUUGGAAGUCUCCAGCCAAAAAGCUGAGCCACGCCAUCAGUAAAUCUCUAGGCUGUGUCCCCAUCGGUGAGCCGCCCCACCCCGUGUUCCCCGAGCAGGCUGAGAGACCGCAGGAGCUCAUCCACACCGUUCAGCUGAAACCAGCAGCCAACAACAUGAACAACACAAUGCUCAUGUCCUCUGCUACACCUCCUCCUUCCAAAAGUGUCUUGGAGAGUCCCAGUCGGCUAGAUGAAGAACAUCGCCUCAUCGCUCGCUACGCUGCUCGCCUAGCAGCCGAGGCAGGAAACUCCACACCACAGUGUCCGCCAUCAGAUCUGAGUUUCACCUUUGACGCAAAUAAGCAACAGAGACAGCUGAUCGCAGAACUGGAGAACAAAAACAGGGAGAUCCUUCAGGAGAUCCAGAGGUUGCGAUUGGAGCAUGAGCAGGCCUCUCAGCCAACCCCAGAAAAAGCCCAGCAGAACCCCACACUUCUGACUGAACUCCGGCUCCUCAGACACAGGAAGGAUGAGCUGGAGCGACGCAUGUCGGCUUUGCAGGAGAGCAGACGAGAGCUGAUGGUGCAGCUGGAGGGGCUCAUGAGGCUGUUAAAGGAUGAGGAGCAGAAACAGGCAUCCCAGUCUGGCAGCUCCCCUCAUUCUUCUCCCAGUCAUGGUACUGGAUGCUCCAUGCCCAUGCCCAUACGCUCCACCUCGGCUGGCUCCACCCCAACUCACACUCCACAGGACUGUUUGGCAGGAGUGGGCGGAGACGUGCUGGAGGCCUUCGCUCAGGGUGUACCUAGAAAUCUUCGGAAUGAUCUUUUAGUUGCUGCUGACUCAAUCACAAACACCAUGUCAUCACUGGUGAAAGAGCUCCACUCAGUAGAUGAUGGGGGAGAGGAUGAGGAGACCAACAUGAGGAACGGAGGAGACAGAGGCACAUUACGGGUACAGACAGCCACUGAGGGAUUGGAGAACAUCAUUCCAUUAUCUGAGGACAGUCAGUCAUCAACUGGGAAGAAAACAAUCACAACAACCCCCUCGGCAUUAGCACUAGAGAAAUGCAUGCUGCAACAGGAUUUCGCUAGAUAAAAAAAAAAGUUUCCUCACACCUUCCAGGUAACAAGAUGUGUGUAAUUAGGAACUGUGUAUGUUGUCCUGUAUA